AUGCUUACCCUGCAUAUUGCGUAUACCGAGCCUGUCAAUGACAAGAAUUCAGAUAGUCCAAGACUGACUCGAGAAGAUGUCUGGAAUGGUCUGAAAUUGAAAGCCCGACGGCCUGAAACUUUCAUCCCUUCUUUCGACGAUUCGCGAGUCAUAGAGGAAAAGGAAAACGGCAAGGUCAUUGUUAGAGAGGCACAUGUUGCGGCUGACCUCCACGAAUCGCCUAUGGCCGGUAAAUGGGUUACAGAGGAAUGUACGUUGCAUGAACCAGUCAAAACCUAUUUUACGUUACCUGGAGGUUCGAUAGUACAGAACAUAAUCUCCGAGGGGCCUGAUAGGAGUCUUUUUCUUACAUUUACUUACGACUGGAACCUGCCGGAUGUGGAGCCCAGGACGCCUGAGGCUAAGAGGGCUGAGAGUGAUCAUAUGAGAAUAGCGGUGUCAUCCGUCCAAGGAACUAUUCGGGCGCUGAGGAAAAUGGCUGCGGAGAAAGCAGAUCAUUUAUAG